AUGCAUGGGUAUUCGAGAGGAGGUAUUUCCACAUUUGGAGGCGGUGGAGGGGAAACAGACCGCUAUGCAGCGAAUCAGUAUACUUCACAAACCUUUCAAGUAGGCUCUACCAGCCCGUCUCGAGUGAAUCUAGGACCACAUUCGAGAGUCAUCAAUCACGAAUCUUCCUAUUCUACUGCCAAGCCCACCUCACCUGUAGCCAGAUCUGACCGAUAUUUUCCACGCUCUUCCAUCAAACAGGUUCGAUGUGGCAACCGAGGUUCCUCAAGUAUGGAAGGCAGUUGGCAUUCACGAAGUUCCUCGGAGCACAGCUACCUCAAUCAAAAUUUCCGUCCACAGGUGGGAUUUGAUGAAUCUCCCACUGUCUUUGCCUUCUCUCCCACCACCAUGAGUCUCCAUCAGCAGGAAGAAGCUUUCAGCGCUGCACUCACUCCAACUGGCCAGCAACAGCCGCAGCAAUUGCAGACAAACGGCUACUUCAAUGGAACUCUGAGGCAAAGAACCUCUCGGCCCAAUGCUCUGAAUUCUUCACCCCCGCUUUCUAGAGCAGCGGACAAUAUGUACACACAACUUUCGGAUAUGGCGAAACUGCAGUCCAAGAAGAUGCCCCAAAAUACGGCGACAUUCCCUCGACGGGGAGCCAACUUUUUAAACAGGUCAAAUGAAGGCGUCAUGCAGAGAAUGCACGUCAACGGGGUGGAGCAGAACCCAUUCGCCAGCGACGCGGAGACCAUCAAACAACGACUCCUCAAGGAAUACCAGGAUAAUCGUUUAAAGAUGGAUAUGAGCUACGAGAAUUCCUCCAUGUCGGACAGCUGUCAUUAUUCAAUUCCCUCGUAUUAUGACAAAAUUACCAAAUUUCAGGCUGGAAGGACGUCAGAUAGUGGCACCCUUCAAAGAAGUCAAGAGCUGCCUUACUUCGAGAAAAAACGACGUCAAAGCGGAACAGUCAUCAUUCCCUCACGUUCAGUCGACAACUGCAUGACAAGAUCAGAAUACAGUGAACGGUGUGCAUAA